AUUGCGUGAUAUUUUUACAUUUAAAUUUACAUACAUUUUUUUUUUGUUCACGUCUGACUACGUGUCUUGUGAAAUAUAUAUUUAGUUUUUUGCUUUUGGAAAGAAAGAUAUUAAUAUCACGUCAGGCUGUAUUGCGUUGACGACGUAUUUCGAUCAACGCAAUAGUGACAUCGGUUCCAGUGACAACAGUUCCAGCGACUAUAGUUCCUUGAAAACAGUGGAAAAUUCUGAAUGAAUGUACAAUUGUGACGUCUGAUCAAGAGUUAAAACUGUCAAGUUCUAUAUCUGAUAUUUUGAUAUAAUUUUCACGUCUGACUUGAGUUCCAUUAACUGCGCUGCUUGGAAACAAUGAAAGAUUGGAUACAUAAUGCAAUCAUCUGCACAAAAGUAAUAACGAUAAGUUUCAUUCCUCAUAUUUAGAUAUAGUUUUCACGUCUGGUUGUUUCUCAGAUGAAUACGUUUUCAUAAAAACACGAUUCUGAAUAAGCAUACAAUGUUGACGUCUACACAAAAGUUAUAAAAGCUAACUUCAACAUUUGGCAGUGAUAGAGAAGGGAAUUAACAAGUCGGUUUUUGUUCAUAAUUGUAAGGGAUUGCCGUCCUGUCUGUGUGUUUCUUCCAACGACAAAGGUUUUUUUUUUUAUAGCAGUGGAAGAUUUGGAAUGCCAAUAUAAUUCUGUGUGAGUGUUUAAAGAUCAACAUAAUUUGUCUGUAUUGAAAUCUACACCGUUAAACGAUUCAGAAACUCCAGACAACUUCGAUUCUUGGUUGUGAAAAAGGAUUAAUUAACAAGUUGGUUUCUAUUCAUAAAUUCUUUUACUAAAGAUUACUUAAUCUUUGGAUACCUUGUUCACGUCUGCUUAUCUGACAAGCCCAACGUCGAUUUUUUUUUAGUUACAGACAUAUCGUAUACGUCUGUGUUACAAUGACAACGUCUUUUGGAAAUUGAAGAUUGAAUCUUUUAUUUAGAUUUUUUCAAAAAGGUUUUCUGAUCUUCGUGUAUAGUUUUCACGUCUGCCAAGGUGUCCCAGAAUACAUAGUUUCUGUAGUAUGAAAUGUUGAAAAUGAAGACGACUUUCUUUUACAUCUUAGUGCUAAUCUGAUUCCAAAGUACAGCUUUGACGUCGUCUGUACGGAAAAUCUCUUUUGCAUACUGUGUUUUUCAGCAAUAUUACACUACAUUUGUUUCAAAAUUAAGACCUGAAUUUUUGGGGUAAAAGUAAUGUUCUAUGAUAUAAAAUUACCUGUCUCUUGGAUUUUCAAAUGUUUUUUUCUUUUACCAGAGCCACCUGUAAGCUAAAAUGUGCAGUGGCAUAAAAUAGAUUUGGUGGAGUUUUUUGGAAGUUUGUAUAAAUAUAUAUUCUACAACUGGAGCUUUAAGUUUAAAAAUGCACUGAUAUAACGUUGAGGAAGUUAAUAUGUAUGCAUUCUACGUCUGGCGCCUAUAAGUUUACAAAUGCACUGAUAUACAACGUAGAGGAAGUGAGUAUAUAUGUAUUGUACUAACGAAGCUUGUAAGUUUAAAAAUGCACUGAUAUAACGUCGACUGGCUUCUCGGAUGUUUGUAUGUUUCGCAACAAUGCCUCCGUUUCAGUCCACCAUUCUCGGAUUCUCCUUUCACUGGCUCCCGUGAGCUUCAAUGUCAGCAAGUCUGGAAAUCCCAUCCUCCCGCUACCGGACUGGACUCGAGCGAAGCAGGAAUGGGGUUUCGGCUGGCAGGUGCACGUGUACGGGUUCGCUGCUCUCUUCUCCCUCGUCUCCCUGUCCUGCGCGCUCAUCUUCUGCCGAUUCUUCAAGAGGAUCCUGCGAUCGAAACUCGUGCUGAACACCGCCGGCCUGCUGUGCUUCGCCGGUCUCUUCCGCGCGUUCUUCUUGCUUCUCGACCCUUACGGAUUCCGGAAUCGUCUGUCUGAAGUCCUCGUUGGCGUCCUGUCUCAGGUCGUGUACCCUCUGCUCUGUGCUUCUUUCGGAGUCAUUCAGAUCAUGUUGCUGAAGCUGACGAAGCUGGAUGUCGGCAAAAGCAGACUCACGAACUCCACGUGCAUUCUUGCAUCGACUCUGUCCUACCUCUUCUGUAUCGUCAUAGCGGAGGUGAUAGUCUUCUACGAACCCAAGGCUAAGCUUCUCUUAGUGAUAGACAGCGGGUUCUUCAUAGUCCUGUCUCUGUAUCUGUGCAUCAGCUUCAUCUGCAAUGGGUUCAGACUGUCGCAGUACGCGUGCGAAACCAAACGCGUUCGUAAGGAGCUCGACACGUUUAACACCGCCAGAAAAUCCGUGGCUAACAUCAACAACAGCGUGUCCUCCAAUUCAUUAAGACUCUCGCGCCCGAAGCUGAAAGUCGCAGACGAGACGCAAAUGACGAUAACCAUCGCCACCGAUCUCGAUUCGUCAUCGUCCAACAACGACGAUCGGGAGCGGCCAAUUAAAACAACCAGGAGGCAAGUACGGAAAUUACCGAAACCAGCCCGAACGAAUCGGGAGGGUUCGGAGACGGAUCGGUCGGACUCGGAGGUUCUGUUAUCGGAAGACAGCGCGGUACCUUGGAAAACAAUAGAAUCGCGGGAAAUUCUAGAUCCUCUUCAAGUACUGGAACCUCUUGUGAAAUCUUCCACUUUUCCGCUUUUGGAAGACAACAGACUGCAUACGGACGAGGAUGAGCAGACGAUGCAACUGUUUCUGUUGGACAACAACCCAACAACAAAUGAAAACGCGCCAGACGUUACGACGGAAACUGGCGCCAAAACCGUUGUCCUCGAAAACGGCUAUAUGGCCGAUACCGAAGUCGUGUUCUAUUCUCCAAAAGCAAAGACCCGAAGCCACAGGCGGGUCUUCGACUACAGACCCAUGGCCGAGGAUGCGGAGGAGAGUACAGAUUUGGAGCGGAACAGCAGCAUGCUGUCUGUGAACUUCAGGACUAAACCCACGUCCAUAAGCCUGCUUAGAAUCCGCCAGAGCAAAAUGAUCCAGCGGACGGUGCAGAUGACCUACUUCAUCACGUUCCUCUACCUGUUCGCGUGCCUGUUGCAGCUGUACACUGUGUUCGGGGUGUACGGGGUAUUCAACACGUCCUACAAACCCGACCCCUGGCCAUGGUACACCUUCCAGUCACUGUACAGGUUCACGGAGUUUUCCAUCGCAAUGACGUCAACGGCCGUCGUGUACAUUAUUCUUCAUCACCGAGCCACCAGAGGGCGCAGAAAGCCUCACAUUCCUCGUGCGCAUGUGUCAGAUUGCGUGGUGUGACCGCAGACGCCAUUUUUUAAUUAUUCAUGGACGCGUUACGCUGCAGAAAAUACACAAACUUUAUGACGGCAUGAUGAUACCUGCUAUCGAGACAUGGAUCGAGACAUCUAUUAUUGAAGGUUGUUUAUGGUUGCGUGGCAACUAGGCAGUCCGUGGUUACGGAGCGAAACGACCAUCAUGAAAUGUUGGACAUAACUCGAUCGAUGCAAUUUUCAAGCAAGAGCUGAAUAGUGUGUACAAAAUAUUUCAGAAGUGUCGAGAAUACUGAGAUUAUUAAAGCUGCAAUAUCAGUUUGGGGGGAUGGGGGUUAAAGAGACAGUCCCGAGUUUGCUGCCUUUGUAAGAUGUUUCUGAUUAAUAAACUAUUUUAAGGAUUUAAAAUGACAUACUGAAUAUGAUUUCUUGUUUACAAUGGCAGUGGCUGGAUGUUGUCCAGUAGCCGAUGAUUGAUAAAUCAUUGUGCUCUAGUGGUGUCGUUAAACAAAAUAAACUUUGUCCGGAUGUUUUGUGAAACUGGUCUCUAUAUGUUACAGAGCGUAUCCAGAUAUAUAUUAGGAAAUAAAAGCAUAGCCCAGUGGUUAAGCGCUCGCUUGAUGCGCGGUCGGUUUGAGAUCGAUCCCUGUCGGUGAGUCCAGUGGGCUAUUUCUCGUCCCAGCCAGUGCACCACAACUUGGUCGUGGUAUGUGUUAUCCUGUCUUUGGGAUGGUGCAUAUGAAAGAUCCCUUGCUACUAUUAAAAAUGUACCGUGUUUCCUCUGAGACGUUAUGUCAAAAUUACCAAAUGUUGGCAUGCAAUAGCCGAUGAUUAAUAAUCAUUGUGCUCCAGUGGUGUCAUUAAACAAAACAAUCAAACUUUGUUUUUUGUAAGGAAUAAAAAUGGAAUUAAAUGCUUCCUUGACGACAUCUCCAUACGUUAAGGUAGCUAUAUCAAAUAAUAUCCGGCUGGGCCAACAUUCGAAGUGCACUCCGCUUUUAACAGCACUAGUUAAUACUACAGCUCGUAACUAUAACUCGCACAGUGUGAAUGCAUCUUUUUAUAUUCAUGAACUAUGGCGUUACUGUAAACUGAACAUAAUCUCCGUGUUGCUAAGCCUUAAGAAUACUGAGGUAAUAUUCAGCGUGCAGUAUCACGAUAGUCAUAUUUUUAUAUAGGUCAAUUGAUUUUCUUUAAAACAUUUCUGGACUUUUUAUUAUUAAUCUUUUGACUAUCUUACGUUUACGAUUUGGAGAGCGAAAAUAGACCUUACACAGAUUGCGGCGCCAUAAAUUAUAGAGAAACGUCAUUAACAUAUUUUCAUAUUCAUGAGCUUGACUUGGCAUCAUGAAAUAUUCUUGCCUCGACAACAUUGUUUAUACUAAUAUUAUUACAAUAGCAAGGAUUUCACCAACAAAUAGCUUUGAGUUGUAAUAUUUUGGUUGUUAGUAGCAGUUAUUAUAAUAUAUAUUUUUGGUGGUAUUUUAAAGGGACAGAGCCUAGUUUUUAAACACUAAGGCAUAUUUUUCACUAUUAGAGCCGUUUAUGAUCACUGAAAUCAAACUUUACUUAUAUUUUA